UCUCAGCAGUCCGAGCUAAAAAAUAUUUAAAUUAUUUACAAAUUUUGGAAUGGUUUAUUAUGCUCUUUCUUUUUCUGAUACUUGGCAUGGCUUAAAGGGUGAACGGAUUGAUGCUUGGAUCUGAACAGGUCGCCAAAAAUGAAGGCCGAUGAAAUUAGGAACAUGGAGAAUAAUAAUGCUGAUAUGGAAUACAUAACUCUGCCAACAACUGGUAUAUUCACCAAUAUGCAGGCCGAUCAGACUGCUAAUUACGCAAGCUGCAAUGAAUACCAGUGCCAAGAGAGCAGUUAUGGCCAGAAUCAUGUCAACAACAGCAAUGGUCAGUUUGGGUAUCCUGAUUAUUCUGCAUCCCCAAACAGUUGCUCUUGCUGCUGUGGUUAUGAUAUCAAAGGCAACAACAACAGCGAGCCAGUAAAUGUGGCAACAGCUCAAAAUAACCAACAUUAUGGCCAAGUUGAAUACCAGUAUGAAUAUGCCGAACAGUCCAAUGUCGCACAAUACUAUAAUAUGAACCGUUGUGCUGGUGGAAUGGAAAACUUCGCUACUAAUUCACCAACUCCACCUAUGGCAUAUCAGGCGAGUAAUGAGAACAACAUUGGUAACUUUACUUGCAACAUUGAACCAGAAGCUCAAUCGAAUUACUUCACAAUGCCAGCACCUGAAAAUAUAGGAAUGAACUCAAAAUAUGUAAAUUACGAGUUUUGGUCAAGCUUUCAGAACCCUGAGAAUUAUGCGGACGACAACAUUCAGAGUCAAUCGGUUUAUAGCUCCGACUUUCAGCCUUUUCACGGAAAGGGUAAUAAUUUCAAUCACUUUCCAAAUAAUAACUUCAUGGACAUGAAAAUGUUCGGAGACAUGAUUCAUUCAAGUUCUUGCCAGUCGACAUCACCUGAAUGUAGCUAUCAGCUAGGUGAUCCAACUUACGAUAUGGAUGACAGUCAAAAUGUUGGCAGUAUUCAAAUGCAGGGGUAUCCAAUGUCUAAUACCAACUAUAUGCAAAUGUGUAGUACAUGAUUCCCAUAAUGAACUUCAAUACAAAUUGGUCAAAAUCAUAAAGCCUUAAAUUGGAAAUAAAAUGUUCAAAUUUAAUU